CACAGUAUUACAUAUUGAAUUGGACUUUCUUUGUGCAAUGGGAACGUUAAUGAUUAUAAUAUAUAUUAUUUUAGCCCUUGGUGGUUUGCUCUUUUUUAUAAAAAGAAAAAUACCUAAAGGAAAAAUAAUUGCAGGUCCAAAAGGUUUACCAGUGCUUGGAUGUAUUCAUGAAAUUGACAAUGAAACUAUUCAUUUUAAAUUUUCGGAAUGGGCCGAGAAAUUUGGUGACAUAUUUCGUGUUAAGAUGUUUUCGGACAACUUUAUUGUUUUGAACACGGAAGAAAAUAUUAGGAAAGCGUUUGGCAGUGAAAAGUAUAAAAAUCAUUUCGGAGAUCGAGUUGAGAUGUUCUGGGGCGAGCACUUCCGGUGCCACAAUCAAUCGUUAGCCUUUGUUUCAGAUGGAUCUGGACUUUUCCAUCGGAUAGCCAGGAAAAGUUACAUGCAAGCUUUACAUACCUAUGGAAGCGGACUUCAAGAGCUAGAAAAUAACGUCAUGACGGAAAUGUCUAAUCUUAUUGAAAGAAUUGAGAAAAGAUCGGGAAAAGAGUUCGAGUGUGUUUCCAUGCUACAACGUUCGUUGUCAAAUGUCAUGUCCCUUGUAUUGCGAGGAGAGUUGAUUCCGGACUCUGAUCCAGAUAGCAACAUGUUUUGGGAUCAUGUUCACGCAAACGAUUUCUUUCUGACUUCGUACGUUAAUUUUGUGAUGUCCACGUUCCCUUUCCUUCGCUUUCUACCAGGAAAAUAUGGUGAUGAGUUUAGAAAAGGAAAAAAGGCGAACGCUAAAAUAGCACAAAAAUAUUUCUAUGACAUGAAGAAAACGUACAAGCCGGGCCAAAUGCGAGGUCUUGUGGAUCAUUUCCUUGAAGUACAGGAGAAGCAAAUGCACUCAGACACAGGGUUAUUCUUCACUGAUGAGAGAAUUAUUGCUCAACUUGUGGAGACUAUAGAUGCAGGUAUGACAACAUCAUGGGCAACACUUUCGAAUACAAUGCUUGUUUUAUUGAACUACCCACAAUGCCAGGAAAAGAUUCAAAAUGAGCUAGAUGACGUAAUCGGGCGAGACAGACUUCCGACCUACGGAGAUAGGGAAAGUUGUAAAUACUUCCAAGCUUUUGAAAUGGAGGUCCAUCGUUAUCUGACAGUGCUUCCCCUAGCGUUACCUCAUCUAUGUAAACAACAUAUUGAUUUUGAGGGAUAUGAUAUACAAGCCAACAGCACAGUAUUUGCAAAUGUUUGGUAUGUCCACCACGACAAAGAGAUAUGGGGCGAUCCAUGGGUUUUUAGACCAGAAAGAUUUCUGUCUGAUAACGGAGAUUUGGUUGUAAUUGAACACAAAUUUAGGAGGAGUUUGAUAGCAUUUGGAUACGGCCUACGACAAUGUCCCGGGGAGAUGUUUGCAAAAACACGUUACUUUCUCUACAUCUCGAGCUUACUGCAACGAUGGAAGUUCGAGUUCCCACCAGGGAAAGAAAUACCAUGUGAUCCCAGAAAGACAAAAAACUUCGACAUCAAGAUCAUGAUGAGGGCGCACCCGUUUUACUGCAUUGCUAAGGAAAGAGAAUGACUAUUUAACCACCAAAGGAUUGGAUCCAGCAGGAUUCGUUAUACACUGAUAAAAUAGUUAUACACUAAUAACAAUGUUUUUUUUUUUCAAUUUAUACGUGUACUCACAACAUAUAUAUUCUGUAAACAUGUAUUUAAACACUGUAUUUAUAUAAAAUAUAUAUCAUAGACUGUUUGAUUCAUGUCAGUUAUUUGGAUAGUUUAAGUUUCAACAAGUUAAAAGAUCAAUGAUCGAAGCGUAUACUAUAUUUGCAUCAGGUCAAGUUGUAGAACAACCUGGUGUAAUUUUUUUGAAGUAAGCGAAUUUUGUAUGGAUGUUUUAUGUUUUUCACUUAUAUAAAUUGCACAAGCUUUUUGUGCAUGUAAUAACCAUUGCAAAUAUGGCAAAAUCGCUAAUAUUUUAAUACGUUAAGUAAGUGGCAUUUUUAUGCUUCAUUUAAAUAAGGUAAGGUCUAAAACUAUAGAUUUAGGAACAUGUAUUAGUCAGAGAAUUCUUUGAAACUAAAUUAUAAAGUAUAUUGAGAAAAUAUCUGUUAACUUCACGAAACGUUUUUUGUUGUUGUUGUACUAGCGUAGCUGUAUCAAAAUUGUUUUUGACCUACUUAUUAACCAAUGGAAUUGCACAAAAGUAACAAAAAUUUCAGCUGAAUAAAGAUUAUUAUCAUUGGUUAGUUAUGAAAUUUAUGGGCGUUAUUUGUAAUUUUAGUUUCAACAUCACCAAGAAUAAUGUUCUCAUGAAAUACUUAUUGGCGUCCGCGCCGAAGCGCGACGCCCUUAUGGAAUGAAAUCAGAUUUUGUGAAAGGGCAAUUGCAACUUUUCGAGCCUUUUCGUCGGGCAAAAUAGCCGAACAAUCCGAUUGGUAUGAGUGUUUGAUUAUAAAAAAUGAAAUGUCGCGAAAUGUCAAAUGAAUAGCGAACUGGAUAAUUUCGCAAUGUAAACAUAUUCAAAUGAAAUUAUCUUAUCCGUCAAUUAAUCGCGCUCUUCGAUAUUUUAUUAAUCAUUUUGUAGUACACAGUUGGUUAUUAUGUGUGUUAUUGCUUUACCUAUAGAAUGAUGACUUGAACAUUGUGAAAGUCCGAAAAUCUAUUUAUAAAAGUAGUUUUAGCUUACCGAACGGUCAUUCGUGUCGCAACGAACUUGAGAAUUUUGCAGGAAAUGAAAUGCAAACAUAUUAUAACAAUUAAUUGCAAUCUUUAAGUAGGAAAUUUUUGUGAAUUGUUUUAUCAUAGUAUUAUAAUUCUUCGUCUGCAAUUUUAACAUGAGUUGUUAUGGGUUAAUAGAUAGGCAUGUAGGUCAGAAUAGGUCAUUAAAGUAGUAGAUUGACCUCCCAAAUAAAUCAAUUAACAGACUUUGUUCAUUUUGACUUUUAUGUUGUAUGUUCCAAAGAAAAUAACACAUGAACUUGAAAUUCUAUCAAAUAACCAAUAUUAAUGAUAAUUAUCCAAAAAUACCCCUAUAUAGUAUAGAUAAACUUAUACCAUAUAGGGGUAUAUUUUGAAUAUUAGAGACCUGUUUAUUUUGGAUAGUAUCGUUAACAUUGAUAGUGGAAAAAACAUUUAAUAUUCAAAUCUUUAGCAUGCCUACCAAAGUUCAUGAUGAACAAUGUCUUUCGUCCGCCCAUUCAUAAAUGAUAUACAAUACCGGAUAAAACUAAUUAACCAUUGAAAAGUUUAUUAGAAUAUCUGGUCAUCAGAUGUCUACUAUUUCAUCUUCACUUGCUGCAUUUCUUGCUUGGACGUCCUUAAAUGCUUUGCAUCAAUGCUUUUCUUGUUUAAUUUUUAAUGAAAUACCAUAGCAGAACAAAUAGAAGAACAAAUAGUUUAACAGGCAACAUUAUACUAUGGGAGAUCAUUACGAGAAGAUUGGAAUAUGCCAUCACUUGUGUUAUACAAUCAUAUAGCAUUAAAGCGUGCUAAUGUACACUAUGGGUGUUCAAAACAAAUGCAACUAAAUGUCAACAGGUUGGCACUUUGUACUUUCGGUUUCCAUUAUAAUAAAUAUUCAAUUAAUGUAUUCUUUUGCUUUUGUAUCUUUGAAUUGAUAAAUUGCAAAUAAACUUGUCAACAACUCCCAGCAUUAAAUUAGGGGUGUACUACGAAUAUUUUUACAUAAAAUUUUGAUAAUAAAUUGUUCUGUUUAUAUGUUAAGUUUAAAUUUGGCUUCAAACCACCAACUUUUAACAGAAUUAAUGUGAUUGAUGUGGUUAUAAACCAAUUUUAGGUCUAUCUCUAGCUAUAACAAUUGGUCUUGCUCGUAAAGCCAAGGCUGGUUCACAAAAAAAUGACUGU